UUAUGAGGUUUGGUUUUUGAGAGCUCUAUCUCUUUCUCCUUCUUACUUUUUAAAUAAGCUGUAUGCGUUAUAAAAUGCUGCAUGUUGGUGAGAGUACAACACUUCGCCGCAACACGAUUCACUGUCACGUGUUCUCACCUCGCCUACACUGCCAUCAACAGCUCCAUUGUUUGAGAAGUACAUCCGCCUGAAGCAAGAGUGCUGAACUCGUUGCAAGCGUUUACCUGCACUACAUGGAGGGAUGAGGCCCAGGUGCAGACACCUGACGUGGGCAGUUGUGCUGCUGAUGCUGACUGUGGUGUACUAUCUGGACAAGGGAAAGUCUAACUCUUCAGCCACCUUCAGACGAACUUCGAACUGCUUCUUUAAAGAGACCAAGGCCGUUACAAGACAAGAAACAACCUUGAUGACUGGCCAGCCCAGCGUGUUCAGCUGGUGGAGCGAGGUCCCGAGAAAUCCUGCGUUUACCUCUUCCGCCUCCGAGACGUGUGCGAGAUUUUCCGACGUUGCCACGCAUCGCACGUGCGUUGAGCGCCAAGAGAGGGUCAGAGCUUACUGUGUCGAGAGGUUCCGUGACCAGCUCAACGACAAAGCUGGCAACAACGACACCGACGACACUGAACGAUACCUAGCGGCUGGCGAUGCUCUUGAUGACGAUACUUAUCGCUCCGUCGACGUCCUCUCGUAUGAGGCGGGCUCCACGCUGCUUCUGUUCUGCAGCGUCCACAAGGUUGCCUCCACCUACUGGCUGCGAGUCUUUCGCUUCCUGCACAACGACACGAACGGACGUGAGGUCAGGACCCCCCAGUCCAUCAGCAAGCACGAGACUCACCUGGCACCCUUCACCUCUUCCCGCGCCCUCGCCUUGGAUUACGUCACGCGAAGGCUCCAUCCAGGUCUUCAGGACUUCCGGUGUAUGUUCGUGCGCGAACCUUACCACCGCUUGUGGGCUGUGUACGUGGACAAGUUCGUCUUGCCCGACAACUUCUUCUGGUCCCAUCACGCCUGGCAGAUUAAGAAAAUGUUCGGGUUUCCGGUCAUGGCCAAAGCAACUACUCCAGGGACUUCACCUUGCUUCAACGUCUCCUUCGAAGAAUUUGUCCGCUACGCUGUGAAGACAUCGCCCCGCUGGCCGGGUCCUAACGACGAUCACGUGACACCAGCUGCGCGUCUCUGUGACCCCUGCACCCUGAAACCUCACUUCAUCGGACAUUUUGAAACAUUGGCCCAUGAUGCUCACCAACUUCUUCAGCAGUUCUCACUCACAGACCUUGACCCUGAGAGUGACUUUAAGCUGCACGUGCUGAACAACAUGCACACCGUGACGCAGUUCGUCUAUGAGACGGUAGUAGAGCAACGUCACUUCCGCCACUGCGUCACUGACUUCGACCUUCAGGACCGUCUCUUGCGAGCAUUCAUCCUCAACGGUUAUCUCCCACCGCAUGCUGCGGAAGUCCGCCACUUGGCGGCGCUGCGGUCGGUCGGUGAGCUGGUAGCCAUGAUGCAAGAACUGUUCACAUCGUUCAACCGCACGGAGGCUGAGGUGAGGGCACAGAGAGACUCGCACCUGCGACAGUCCUACAGAGCGUUACCUGUAGACCUGCUGCAUGCAGUCCGCACCUACUACAGGGACGACUUUCAGGCUUUUGGCUACGACCCACAGCCAGCCGACAUAUUUCAGCCUUGAUUAUUUAUCUUACAAUCGUGAAGCCAAUGGUCGAACUGAAGACUUCUAAUGGUGCUCGUGCUGGUGCUGGUGCUGGUGUCGUGAACUUUGUCUUUUUAUGUUAGAUAAUGUUCAGUAACAUGAAGGUAAAUAUUUUAGACAGCUGCACCUCCUGAUCAGAUCACGUGAUGUUUGCUAUGUGUGGUGAUACUCUAAAAUUUGCAAUCGCUUCUUGCUCUUGUUUCUUCUUUUUCUGCUUGUUUGUUUCUUUAUUUUUACCUUUACCAUCUCUGGUCUUUCAUAACUUACUUUUAAGAUAAAUUUCUGCUGUUAGAUUUCAUAGUUUCUUACUGUUCGGAAUUCAGAAAUGGUUUAUUUUUUCUAUAACAAAGGUUUGCUGUAUAUCUAAUAUAUUAUGCAUUUAUUUCAUUUUACAGCAGUACCUAUGUUGCCUUUCCAGUAAAUAAAUGUCUCAUGCUUUUGUGAAAUGUUGAUAUCAACAAAAUCGGGAAAAAUCCGCUUCCUUCAUAAAACUGAUUUCGGAACUUCAGUGUGUAGAAUUGGAUGUCAGCUUCUUGCUGCUUACAUGACUUGGUCCUUUUUUCUGUCCUUUCUCUUCAGUUUCCAUCUUCAUUUUGUUGAUGGUCAUCUCCAUUUUUUCAUUCUGAAGGUAAUAGGGAAGUGUCGAUUAUCUUCUAAAAUGUGAGUUCGAUUGCCGCAGAGAAAAAAAUCCUGUACAACUCGUCCCACGUCAUGGUAGUGCUAGCAAACUGCGCAAUACGAACAUGGAGAUGUUAAAGGGCGAAGCACUUAUUUAAUA